AAAGGGGAGCGUGAGGCUGGAAGUAACUGAGUUGGGCUGCAAAGGGAGGGUCGUUUCUUUUCUGCGCUUGUAAUCGAACCCUCUCGAUUAGUCAACGACCCUGCACUUUGGGCUUUUGUGUGCAGUAUUUUUUUUUCCCCACUGUUACUGGUUUUGGUUUAUUGUUGCCUGGGCAUUUUGUUGCUUGCUUGUUUGCUUCCUUACUGGUUGGACGGGGGAGGGGGCGUUUCGGGUCCUUUCCCCUCCCCCAAGCACCGGCUCGCGUCCUUUACCUCCUUGCGGACUGCAAUCUUCAGUUGCUCCUAAAGGAGACCAAGCGGGUUGGCUGUCGAGCUGAAGGACAGGAUGGAGCAUACUGAGGUUCUGAAGCCACGGACCUUGGAAGAGCUGAUCCGGAUCUUGCACGAAAUCUUCUCCGGGGAUAGCAUCAACGUGGAAGAGGUGCAGUCCAUCAUGGAAGCUUACGAGAGCAACCCCACGGAGUGGGCAGCGUACGCGAAAUUCGACCAGUACAGGUACACCCGAAAUCUUGUGGAUCAAGGAAAUGGAAAGUUUAACCUGAUGAUUCUGUGUUGGGGUGAAGGACAUGGCAGCAGUAUCCAUGAUCAUACAGACUCCCACUGUUUUCUGAAGAUGCUUCAAGGAAAUCUCAAGGAGACCCUCUUUGCAUGGCCAGACAAGAAAUCCAAUGAGAUGGUGAAGAAAUCCGAAAGAAUUUUGAGGGAAAACCAGUGUGCCUAUAUCAAUGAUUCUAUUGGUCUACAUCGGGUGGAGAACAUAAGUCAUACAGAACCUGCUGUUAGCCUUCAUUUGUAUAGUCCACCCUUUGACACUUGCCAUGCCUUUGACCAAAGAACAGGACAUAAGAAUAAAGUCACGAUGACAUUUUAUAGCAAAUUUGGAGCAAGGACUCCAUUUGCAACUUCAAGUUCCUUGGAGAACAACUAAAGAGAUCCAGUUACUAGAGUAUUUUUCCUUUUAUUUUUUUUUCUUUUAAAAGUACACUGAAAUCUUAAUUGUGGACAAAGAACCACCAAUCACUUAUUGUCCAAUAGUACCUUUGAAUAAGAUGCUUAGAGAUAUUUUAGGGCAGACUUCUGGCUGCUUGUAGUUAUCUUGAAUGAAUGCUAAUGACAGGGGACUCUAAGUAAACAAUGCCAGGCUAUACUGGAGAGGAGAAAUCCUAUUGCUAUGGUCUUUAUAGUUGGAAGGCUUAAUCAGUUGCUCUCUUAGGCAUGUCUCUUAUUUUCAUGGUUCCUAAUUAGGAAAGGCAGUGAAGUCCUGACAACAGUUUUUGUCCAUCAUAAUUAGCAGUGAUUAGCAAUAAAACCAAGCCUAAGACCUCAUAACCCUACCUUUAUUAUCUUGAGAAUUAAGAAUACAGAUUUUCAUCACAUUUUAUGUUCUCUAAAAUGUUUUCAAGAGAAUUGUUUUUUGAAUGUAGAUUUUGUUGGGUUUUCAUCUUCACAAAUUCCUUUUCUGUGCAUAGAUCACUGUGUACAGAGACACCUAAGUCAAUUUUUCCUUUGGUUGUGAAAUUAAUGACAAGGAUGGAGAUGAAGUUCACAGCAAAAAGAAAUCACAAGCAUGUUUUAAUGUGACCAAAUACCUAUGUAAAAUACUUUUUGUAUUGCUACCAAAAUUGUCAUGUUAACUUGAAUAAAACUGAAUUUGAACAUAAUUUGGAAUGGUCCCAUGCCUUUCCAACUAUUCCAAAAAGGAACCUUAUCAACCAGGUUAUCUUCUACUUAUCACUUACGAUUAUAAGUUAUACUUUUCUCCCCUCCUCCUAGAAUAGUUUUCUCUAUUUAGGAGUCCAACAAAUACACACACCUUUUGAGUAUUACACUAGAUUUUCAGGAUUCUUGUUAGUUAUUCUGGCAAGAGGCUAUAUAUAAAGAUACUCUAAAUUCUUUCCAAGGAUUUAUUGAUUACUCAGCACAAACAUACUGUCAUCAGUUUUACAAGAGAAAGUUAACUUUGGUCUUGUCUUCAUGCAAGGUUAAAGUUAAAGAGAUAGUCCUCUCCACAACUCUACCCCCCCCCC